CUACCCAGUACCACCACCAGAUGACUGUCAGUGCGCAUUUCCAAUUGGCAGGAGGGAGAGAGAAGUAAACCGAGGAGACCGAUCGGGGAAGAGUGUGUGUGAGAGAGAGAGAGAGAAGCGGGAGUGAGUGUGUUAUAGAGGGAACAGAGUGAGAGACUCCAGCGGAGGGGCGAGAGGUAACUUCACCGAGGUUAUCACUGCGCACUGUCUAGGAGGAGUGAUCGCUUUUUUUCGCGCAGCAUGCUGAAGCAGGUUACAAAGUGGACUCUGGAUGAACCUUCUGAUUGAAACGCCCGAUUCUCUAAUGGACUGCUGGAGAGCACAGUGAGGCGAGAGCUGUGCCACAGUGGCAAGGAACGGAGACUGGGAAAGAAGCUGAUGCAGAGGGGAAAGUUACCAACUGUGGAGAUGUAUUGCUAACUGCGAGUUUACUGACUGCUCGGACCAUUCUGAGUCGUUUCUUUAAACUGGAUGCUAUUGUAGACGAAUCUCCGGUGAUCCCGAGCCCGGUGCCGCGGUGGACCAUAACCAGCUCAGUCGCAUAGACGGAGCGAGACUCUUUCCAUAGAACACAAUCAGCGGCAAGAGCAACUAAAAUGUCUUCGUUAUACCUCAUCUUUUGCGUGAUGGUCACAGCAGCCACCCAAGCAGCCUACUUCUCCCAGCAGCCCCAGGACCAGGUGGUUAUAUCCGGUCAGUCGGUGACCUUGCCUUGUGUCAUCGUGGGUUACCGGGGAAUGGUACAGUGGACCAAAGAUGGCCUGGCACUGGGAGGAGAGAGAGAUCUACCAGGCUGGACACGCUAUUCCUUAAUGGGCGACCCGCUAUCAGGCGAGCACAGCUUGCAGAUCGAUUCAGCAGAGUUGGCGGAUGACGCGGUGUAUGAGUGUCAGGCUACACAGGCAGCGCUUCGCUCCCACCGUGCCAAGCUCACUGUACUAGUUCCUCCCUCUGACCCUGUGGUGGAAGGCGGCCCCGUUGUACGUCUCAAGGCCCACACACCGCACAACCUCACCUGCAGAGCCUCGGGAGCCAAACCUGCUGCUGAAAUCACCUGGUACAGAGAUGGAGAAGUCAUGGAAACUGCAAUUUAUUCCAAGUCCCUAAUGGAGGAUGGGAAGAGGGAAGCAGCUGUCAGUAAGCUUCCAAUCAUUCCAGAGGACAGUGACUCCGGACGCACCUACACCUGCAGGGUUCUUAACCCAGCUGCCCCUGCUGGACGACAGACAUCAGUCACUAUCAAUGUCCAGCACCCCCCUUCAGUGACUCUGUCAGUCCAGCCUCAGACUGUAACAGAGGGAGCCAAGGUUCUCUUCAUCUGCUCUGCCUCAGCCAAUCCUGAAAUCACUGGAUACAGGUGGUCGAAAGGAGGAGUCCCCAUCUCUGAAGCAAAUGGGGAUAGCCUUGAGGUGACAGUGGACUACUCCUACUUCACAGACCCCGUCUCCUGUGAGGUGUCCAACUCUGUGGGCAGCACCAAUGUCAGCACUCUGGUUGAUGUCCAGUUUGGCCCCAGACUGCUGUCGGAGCCGAAGCCCAUGACAGUGGAUACCGGCAUGGAUGCAGCCUUCACUUGUGCGUGGACUGGAAACCCUCCUCUGACCCUGGCUUGGACCAAGCAAGGCUCCAGUGUGGUGCUCAGUAAUGGUAACACCUUGCAGCUGAAGGCUGUUACUCAGGAGGAUGCUGGCACAUACACCUGCAAGGCCAUUGUACCCCGUAUUGGAGUUGCAGAAAGAGAUGUCACUCUAACUGUAAAUGGUCCACCUAUCAUCACAGCAGAGGCCACACAGCACGCUGUCAAACACUCCAAGGGCAAGCUGGAGUGCCGGGUGGGAAGCAGCCCCCCACCUGAUAAGAUUGUGUGGACCUUUGGGGACAUGAGCCUGUCCUCCGGCUCCUCCGGUCGUUACUCAGUGCAGACAGUAACCAGUGACCACGGAGUCGUGUCGUCUCUGGUGCUAUCUGAGGCUCUGGCACAAGAUUUCCAGCUGCGCUACAACUGCACUGCUUGGAACCGCUUCGGCACAGGCACUGCCCUGGUCACGCUGAAGGAGCAAGAAGCACUGCCGAUGUUGAUAAUUGUAGGUGGGGCAGUAGGUGGCGGCUGUGUCCUGCUCAUCUGUGUCAUCACUCUGGUCUCCCUCUGCUGCAGGCACACAGGCAAAGGUGAGCUCAACGGCAAAAGAUGCACUCGUCUUUCCAAGAGUGACAUCAGAGUUCAGAUUGUUCACAGCGAUCACAAUGCUACACGCGGCAACGACGACGAGGAAGAUGUCAAAGAACCCAUGGCUCCAAACAGCAGCGAGUCUCCCGGGACAUCGCGCACAGAACACAGCGACCUCCUGGAAGAGGAGGAGGACGAAAGAUCGGACAUCAAGGAUCCUACCAAUGGUUACUACAAUGUUCGUGGCCACGACGACCGUCAUAUUCGCAGCAGCGGAUUUUCUGAAUACGUGCCCAAUUCUCGGCCGGUCUACACUCCAUCGCAGCUGCCCUCCCCCAGCCCCGUGUACGGUCAGCACGGCACCCAACCCCGUGCCUAUGACUUCUCCCACCGAUACGCAACCACCACAGUGAGCAGAACCUCAUACGAACAGCAGCAGGCUGCCCAGCAGCAGCCUGCCCAGCAAGGGGGAGUUUAUCCCACUGACCCCCUCUACAGUGGCACUGCUUACCUACCUGCUACUUAUGGCCACGCCUUCACCAGUUAUGUUAAGCCUGCUUCCUAUGAGAAGGUGGAUGCGUACGACCAAUCAGAUCAGGCCAGCAAGGUCUCAAGCUCAUCUCGCUUCUCUUACGCCUCGUCACAAGUGUCCUCCCAGCAGUCCGACUAUGGCCGGCCCUCGCAACGUAUGCAGACUCAUGUCUGAUAGGGCCGAAAAAAAAAAAGAGUAAAGAAGCAGUGAGUAGAUAACUAUUUGUCACCACAUGUGUGGGCGGACUAACAUGAACUUUCUUUACUCGGACAGUCCUGCAGGGAUUUGUUAGGACAGUAUAAGAAGGGAGGCAUGAUUUCGGUUAUGAAUAACCAACCUGCGAUGGACGGCAGCAUCUACAAUAAUGUGAACUUGUAGAGCUAGAAAAUUAAGCAGAUUGUGAUGUUCAAGUCAAGCAUAUGAUGAACAUUACAGUGCGAUACCUCACUAGGUUGUCUCUACAUGAUGACCACCCAAACUUGUGGAGAUGUUCUGCGAGUUCGUGGGCCAACCAGAAAAUAAAUCAAACGCAUCCCUUAAAUUUGGGUGGCCAAAACAACUGGGGUAGCUGUUUACCUGCAUUCCAGAGUUUACUUUGUGUCAACACUAAUUGUAAACAUGACCUCGUAAAUACUUUGAAAGAAGAUAGUACGAGCUAACACGUACAGUAUUUGAGGGGGAGGGGGUAAAAAGGUGUGAAGAACCUUUGUUGUCUGUCAUUUUGAUGUUUUCGUUGGCAUGCGAAAGGAAUUGUAAGCACAUUUGUGUCUCUAUCAUCUACAAAUGACUGAGCUAUCCACAGAGACAGACAUGAACUAUUCUGCACAACAGGCUAGCUGCACUAACCAACAAGUGCUACAGGCACUCUAUUGUAAGUGGAAUACAUCUGGACUGAACUGUGUUUCUGGAGCCUCUCGUGAUAACCUUAACACGUUGGACACAAAGUGUUGUCUGCCAGUGGGGAGAGAAGAAUGUGCAUAUUGCCUUCGUUUUAAUGGAGGACUCUAUGUUGUACUGACACGGACGAGUUAAGGCAGUGAAAACCCAAAGAUGGUAACAAAUUGUAUAGGUAAUAAAAAUAGGGGCUGAUGUUGAAAACUGUUGAUCUACCCCUGCAUCGUUUCCUGCUGUACUUUCUGAUUGUAAAAUCAAGAGUAGGAACUUACCAGAACAAUCAAAAGUGGUCUUUUUUUUUUUUUUUUUUUUGGAAAAUGGUGGCAAUCUUGAACUUGAAAUAAACUUGAACGCAGCGUCAACUUCGGCAGGCUUAGGUGGGGUAAGACGUGGAAGGUGGUCCUGACGGGGGACCACCCGCUCUCAAGUUUUACAACUCAACUCAAUCAAAUCGUCUCGCUAUGUUUACAAGAAACAGUACUACCCUGAAACUGAGUAUCUGUACAAAUGGCUAAGUCCAUACUUUCUCUCUGUUGCAUGCAAAUGAUGUGUCUAGUGAAACUCUUCAGCGUUUUUAUUCAUGUCCAUUUCAUGUUCGAGACAUCGGUUACUGCACCUGACCCAGCCGCAUUCCACUUCCUGGGCGUUUUUGGUGUGGAUGCUUGUACUGCCAUUUGUCUAAAAAUAUAAAGAAAGAAAUGAAACGUUCCCAGGCAGCCUAAUGAGAGAACAAAUGUCACUUAAAGUGAGGAGGCAAACAUCAUCGCUUGUCUUUAUUUUUCUAUUUUGUAUACGCCUUAAAGUACAGCGUGUAAGCUGCUCUACUGUAAAGUAUCUUUAUAUACAUAUGUAUCUAUCUCAGUUUAUUUUAUUUGGUAUUCACACAUUUUCUUGUCUGAGUUGUUCAUCAUUCCUCUGAAUGCAGUUACCAUGCUUUGGAACACAACUAAUUGCCAUUUUGUUUGUUCAUUCUUUUAAUAUUGUAUUAAGAAUUUUAUUUGCUAAAAAAAAAUGAGCUAUUGUUGCUUGUACCUUUGUACACAUAUUUAUAUUUAAAUAAAACCAUU